GCUUAUUACUAAACUAGCUGGCAAGGGAGCGGGAGCCGAUGCUGUUCCACACUGGCACAGCACUUGCUUAGCUGCUGCUUUCCCUGCCUCUCCUUGUUCCGCUCUUUCUUCUUCUUCUUCCCCCUCUUUCUCUCUCCUCUCUCUCUCUCUCCUCUUCUUUUUUUCAUUUUGGCUUCUAUUCAAAUGUGGGUCAGGGGUGAGCGGCUCCCAACGUCACAAGCUUGCAAGAUGGCGCUGGGAGGAAGGCUGUGAGAUGAGGAACAGGCUGGUAUAAACCGAGAGGACAGGAGAGGGAGAGGAGGAGGAGAGGGGCAGGGGAAGCCAAGCUGCUGCUCCAGAUGCAAUAAGAAGCGCCUGGUUCUCCAUUCUGCAUCCGUGCAGCCACGUUCUAUUGAUGGCCUGUUGUGAUUUCAAUGGAACAUCAUGGGAUGUACCUGGCACGUCGGGCAGCACUGGAUGGAGGUGCCUUUAGCCCAAUGUACCUGGCAUGUACGGUUAGUGCACUGCUCAGGUGCUCGGUGUCUAGCCUUCUCAUCCAUCCACAAAUCCUCUACGUGAAAUGAGUGAUUCCUUAGAUCUGGUUUUGAUUGAUUCUUUGCUUCACUGGUGUUGCUUCUUAAAAGUGAGAGCAGCAAAGCUCCUGGAGCAGCUGGUAUGUUCUGCACCAUCUUCAUACCCACUGGAUCACCGUGUGCUCCAGACUGGGCACAGCAACUCACAGCUACCAAGCUCCCUGGGCACAAUUGCUUGUGAAAAUGCUAUCAGCUCUUAGCUUGUGUAGCUUUGUUUGAUGUGUGGCAUCUGCUUGCAGCAUUACUGUAUUCUGUGAUUUGUGCCCUGUAUUUCCCACACCUUUGCAUGUGCUGUGUCUCAGUGUCAUGGAUAUGGUGGAGGUAGUGGAGAGCCUCAGCCUUGCUUCCUUCCUCACUUGCACAAGAAUAUCUAGGCAGGUUCACUGCUCUGAAAACUGUGUGCCUUGAAUGACUAGGAAGCAACCUAAAUCUGAAAAAACAUCUCGAAUGCUAAUUGAACAAAGCCUUCUGUGAUUGUUUUAAAUGCAAAGGAAUGAAAUUUUGCACACCAACUUCAAUGCUAAUAGACUGUGGCCCCCAGUAAGAUAUUUACAUAUUCUUUAGGUUUGUUUGUUUUUGUUUUUGUUUUUGUUUUUUUAUCCUGAAAUGCAUCCGAGCCUCUUCUUAGCCAGGGCUCCUCUGAAUGGGGAGUUUAUUUUUCGUAUUUACAUGCAGAAAAAAGAAAAGGAAGGGUUCUUAAAAUUAUACUGAAAUACAUGAAAUAUAAACCGCUGCAAUUUUUCAGGGAAUUCUGGGGCUUUUGUUGUUGUUAUUGGUGGUGGUAGCCACAUGUUCAGGGUUUGUUAAGAGCCAUUCUCUGCAAACUAAUGGAUAGCAAGGCUUUGUAAGGCUGCACCUGCCAUUUGUUUGGGAAUGUCUGCUAACUUUUAUGCUGGACUUAACCUUGUAGUUAUCUUUGGUCCCAUGCUUUCAGCUAGAAGUGAGAUCUUAGGAAUGCCAUAGAUUAAGGAAUAAUGCCUGCUUCUCUCUUUGCUAACAAGAUUUCCAAGACCCCCCUCUUUUCCUACCCCAAAAAUGCAUCAUUGCUAAGAAGUGUUUAUAACUGGUCAGCUCUGGAAGACAUCUUGGAAUGGAUUUCUUUGUGUUCAGGACUACACAAGAUACAGAAGCCAGGGUGAUGUUAUAAAGCUUUUGCCAACAAAGGUGGUAAAGUGAAGGUGAAAGGAAGAGAAGGUGGAGAUGGAACUGCCAAAUCAUGCCAAACAACUGCUACUGCAGCUGAACCAGCAACGAGCCAAAGGUUUCCUCUGUGAUGUGAUCAUUGUGGUAGAAAAUGCCCUGUUUCGUGCCCAUAAGAACAUCCUGGCAGCCAGCAGCAUGUAUUUCAAAUCCCUUGUCCUGCAUGACAACCUGAUUAACUUAGACACGGACAUGGUGAACCCCACCGUGUUCCGUCAGAUCUUGGACUUUAUUUAUACUGGUAAGCUCUUAACGACUGACCAGCCCGGUGAACAGAACUUUAAUGCUCUCCUCACCGCAGCAAGCUACCUCCAACUGCACGACCUGGCAGCUCUCUGCAGAAAGAAGCUGAAGCGGAACAGCAAGUCCUUUGCUGGCAAGGCCGGUGGCCUUGGGGUCGGGAGAUCUGCCAGGAGUCAGAGACUUUCCACCGCUUCGGUCAUCCAAGCUCGCUAUUCAGGGUCAAAUGAGGGGAUGAAGGGCUCGCACUCAAAGGAGCUGUCAAAGGGAAAGCUCUCCGAUGACGAGGUCUUCAUCAGCAGCUCCAACCAAGAGAACUGUCACUCCUUAAGCAGGGGAGCCAGUAAGAACGGCGGUGGGGGCGGCAGUGCAAACGGGAGCACCGGUGACCAGGAGCUAGGCCUCGAUCUGUCCAAAAAAAGCCCGUCGCUCCCUGUUGCAGCCUCCCAUGAUGACACGCAGCACAGCGAAAGCCAGCAUGGCUCUCCCCAAUCUGCCUCAGCCCCCGCAGCCAACAGUGCCUCAUCGUUCGACGAGUCCGGAGUCGGAGCCCCUCACAGCAUGGCGGACAGCAGUGACCCCAUGGAGAUGGAUCUGAGCGAGGAGUGCCACCACUCGCUGACGGAGAGCAGCCAGCGCAAGGGCCUCCGGCACUCAUCCCGCAAGAAGGAGUGGAUCAAGAAAGACAGCGCCUUUGACCGAAAGGAGGGGAGCAAAGACAGGGACGAGGGCGAAGGGCUGCCCAACGGUAUCCUUCUGGGGCCCUUGUCCAAAUCUGUGGAGCGGAGCUUGGCCGGAGCCUAUGGCGCAGACCUGCCCUACGCAUGUAAGGAGGAGGUGGAAAACGGGAAGGAGAACAGCGAUGACAGCGGCCAGAGCGAGAGCGAGAGCGGCGGGCACACCAGUGCCAACUACGUCUACCGGCAGGAGGGGUUUGAGCCAGUGGCCUACGGCGACAACCUGUACGUCUGCAUCCCCUGUGGCAAAGGCUUCCCCAGCUCCGAGCAGCUGAACGCCCACGUGGAAACGCACACCGAGGAAGACCUUUACAUCAAGGAGGAAGGCACGUACGGCAGCAAGGAUGAAGCUGAGGAUUUGUCCAACCCCAACCCGUCCUACGCCGCGGAGUCCCGGCCCUUCAAGUGUUCGGUGUGUGAGAAGAGCUACAAGGAUCCAGCUACGCUGCGGCAGCAUGAGAAGACUCACUGGCUGACACGGCCCUUCCCUUGCAACAUCUGCGGCAAGAUGUUCACGCAGCGGGGCACCAUGACACGGCACAUGCGCAGCCACUUGGGGCUCAAGCCCUUUGCUUGCGAGGAAUGCGGGAUGCGCUUUACCCGGCAGUACCGACUGACAGAGCAUAUGCGUGUCCACUCAGGAGAAAAACCUUACGAAUGUCAACUGUGUGGUGGGAAAUUCACCCAGCAGCGCAAUCUGAUCAGCCACCUGCGAAUGCAUACCUCUCCCACAUAAGCCAAAGACUCCAGAAUGAGCUUCGAGCCCAUCCGCAGUGAUUUACCUUUCUGUAGACUUGCUGCUUAAAAAAAAAGAAAAAAGAAAAAAGAAAAAAAAAAAACAAAAAAGGGGG